UUCAAACGAUUCAACGGCGAGUAUAGUUAUCCAGUAUGUUUUAAUACUAGUGACAAAUUAAUAAUUAGGCCAUUAUCUUAUCUUCAAAUAUAUCCAUACAAUAGUAACCAUGAAUUGAAGACAUCGGAAAAAUGUAUCGCCUAUGCUGGAAUUGCAGCAAAUAACAAUUUUCAAUUUGGAGUUAAAGUACAUACAGCUUUAUCAAGAAUUAUGUCUAACUUUGUGCGAGGCAUCAACACUGAUUGAAUGGAUGCAGUUAAAGAUAAUGGAAGAUGAACAACUUGUCAGUUCCGAUUUCGAUAUGAGUGGAGAGAAUAGUAGACUUCAUCUGUUACAAGAGCUGAAGCAGCAAAAUUUCGACUCUAUUCGUUUUGCAUCAUACCGUGUAGCUUGCAAAUUGAGAUUUAUUCAGAAAAAAGUCCAUCUUCACAAUGUCGAUAUAUGGAAUAUUAUUGAAGCAUUUCGAGAAAAUGGACUCAAUACACUAGACCCUUGUAGUACUAUUGGGGUGUCAAGAUUGGAAACACUUCUCUCUUCACUUUUUCAUGCUUUAAACAAGCGAGUUCCGGUUUCUCAACAAUGUAACAUACAAGCGACAACAACAUUGCUGUUAAAUUGGAUAUUAGCAGCAUAUGCGAGUAGUGAUAACAAUAAAAUUCAAGUAUUCUCUGUGAAAGUUGCACUAGCUACAUUGUGUGCUGGAAAGCUGAUGGAUAAAUUUCGAUACAUAUAUUCUCAAAUAUCUGAUAGCAAUGGCUGUUUGAUACACAGUAAGUUUGACGACUAUUUGAAAGAAGUUUUGAGGUUAACAGCGGCAGUUUAUGAGUCACCGUCUUUUUCAUACACUGAAGAUCUUAGUAACACAAUUUUCGUCACUGAUAUUAAAGUGACUGUCAAUGAUUUCUUGGACACUCUACUAUCAGAUCCGGGACCUAAUUGUCUUAUUUGGUUGCCUUUAUAUCAUCGAAUGGCUACUGUUGAACUUGUUAUCCACUAUGUUACCUGUGAUUCGUGUCAUACAUCAAACUUUACUGGAUUCCGCUAUCGAUGUCAGAAAUGCUAUUCUUAUCAAUUAUGCCAAGAUUGUUUUUGGAGAGGACACGUUUCUGGAAGCCAUAGCAAUGAUCACGAGACCAAAGAGUAUAGUAAUUUCAAAUCUCCGAGUAGACAAAUUGGUCAUUCACUACGGAAAAGUUUCAAAUGUAUGCCAGAAAAAGGAAAAAAUAAUAUUCCUCGAUUUCCCGACGAACCAGAGAAAACAUUGGACCUUUCACAUAUUGUUCCUCCAUCACCACUUCCAUCUCACAAUGGAUUCAUUGACCAAUCAUAUGUCAAUACUUUCGAUUUUGGAUCAUCAGAUAGUCGAAUAACAUUGAAAAGUUCAGAAGGUCUCAAGCUUGAUGAUGAACAUAAAUUAAUAGCACGUUACGCCCAUCGACUAGCACAAGAAAUCGAAAUUACGACAGAGAAAUCACCCCCUGAGACGAAUCAAUUGACAGAUGACACUUCUCAGGCCCAACGAGAACAAAUAUCACAACUUGAAGCAAAAAAUAAAGAAAUUCUUCGAGAAAUAGCUCGAUUAAGACGGCAGCAAGAAAUCGAAGGAUCUGGAGUGGAAAAUCCUACUCUUAUGAAUGAGCUUCGAGCGUUACGACUGCGAAAAGAUGAAUUAGAAUCACAUUUAUCAGCAUUACAAGACUCAAGAAAGCAAUUAAUGAUCCAAUUAGAAAGCUUGAUGAGAAUGUUAAAAAAUCAUCAAUCAUCACCACAAUCGACACCAAAUAGUUCACCACGAAGCAUUAAAUCUCCCUCAUUACAAUUGAAUGGAAUGACUAAUAGUAAAUCUGCGCCAGCAACACCUGGUGGAUCACUUACGAACUCUAUGCUCCAGCAUCAGCCGAAAAAUUCUCAAUUAAACAAGUUGGAUGACACGAACAUAUUUCAAUAUUACACCAAAUCGACAUCUAAUCCUGCUUCAAUAAAUGCAGCUGUAUCAAGUGCAUCUGUUAAUACUCUCCCAGAUAAUUUAACAUGCUUAGGAGGUGAUGUCAGAUCGGCAUUCAGAACUACUGCUCUUCCAAGCUGUAACAGCAUCAACGGAAACAAUUGUCCCGUAAAAUCUUUAAGGAAUGAUCUCUUAGUUGCAGCAGAUAGCGUUACAAAUGCAAUGUCCUCUUUGGUACGAGAACUCAAUGCAGAUAGCAGUGACUUCAAAUCAGCGGAUGUUUGUGCUGUUCCUAUUACAUCAAUAAACGAGUAAAUAGUGGCUACAGUUAACUGGCACGAAUAAAUUUUUUUUUACCUAUUAAUAUAAUUAUUCAUGAGAAAGAUACUCACGAACUUAUUAUUUUAUUUUUACUAUUUUACUCCAAAAAAUUCAAUAAUGUCAGGGAUUUCGGCACAAUCAGUUGGUAAAAAAUAAUUCAUUAACAAACAAUGUUUCAUGUCAAUUGUAUUUCAUUUAAUUGACAGUAGGAGUAACGCAAUGUUUCUUUUUAAAGACACUUAUUAUUGUUUAAUUUAGGAAAGAGCAGAUACAAUAGAUAUGAUAACUAAAAUAUAAGACAUAUACCUCCAGUUUCUAAUUUUCCUUUACAUUUUUUCUUGCCAGUAAUUUUGCAAAU